AUUUCAGUCAAAAUGGCGGUCAAUGUGGGAAUGUGGAACGUUCUUGUAAUGGGUUUUGCCUUCAUGUUCAUUUUUACAGCCUUUCAGACGACCAGCAUGAUCGAGGUGGGUGCAUUUGUUUCAUUUCAUUAAGUUCCUAUUCUAAAUAGGGUGCUAACUGCUGAAAUGAUUAUUUCCCGAUUUAUUUUGUGACCUUGUCAGUUGUCUAAAGCAGCUUGGUCUUUGAACAAAUCAAAACUUUGGAAUUCGUUGGUUUAUUUUACCAAAAGUACUUCACUUUCCAGCUUUUGUAUUUUAUUUUCUCCUGUAAUAAUCUUCCCUAUAUCCUCCUUUUAAGAGAAUUCCAAGACAAAAAUCGAAAAAUCGACCGUGACGAGGUCUUUCGUUAUCACAUCGUUCUACUAGAAAUCAUAAGAUUUCGUACCUGCUACUGCUUUCCGUGUUGCUCUUCCUCUCUCUAAGUAAAUUGAGUCGUCCUUAUGUUUGGUCUCUUUCAAUAUGUUAUAAAAAUAUUGAAAAGGCUUAAAAAUAUAGGUUAUUAGUGAAUACUCAGUCAGUGACAGCAGGCUAAUAGCUAGCCUGAAAGGCGUAAUCCCAUCUCGUCGAUAAUAUAUAGAUUCAGCCAGGACUAAAAGGGAAGCUCUCGAUAAUAUUUAUGGUUUGUUCAAACAAAAUAUAAAAUCGUGUAAUGCUAAGUGGUGAAGGCAAUGCUGGAGAACGGUGAAAAACAACAAUGUGUCUAAUUAGCAAAAAAGCAACUUUGCACGUGCAGCACACUUUUUUUGUAUAUUUCUUUGUCGUUGUUUUGCACGACUACAAGGUGAAACUUCCAGAAACUUCUUAGUUACACGUUUUAUGAAGGAACUGUUGUACGUGUUCUCAUUCACUAUUUUCACUGUCGGUCAUUUUCUCCUUGCAUUGGUGGUCGCUAGUAUUUCUCAUUUUGUCACCGCCGCUACAAAAUUUUCAUGUUGUUCUUCCAACAAAGAAAUGUAUCCUCUGUUUUUUAUCUCUCGCUCUAGAUCUCUGUCGCCCUUUUCCUCAUUGAGUUUUGCUGGCCUGCCGCCUACUUUCUCUUUUUCUCUAUCUUUCUCUGGCUCUAUAGUAAUAUAUAUUAUUCCAAAUUUGUGGACAUGAAAAUUGAUUUAAGCUUAAUGCUUUAGACAAGACGGAUACAGAAACAAUUUUUGCUUUCCAUUUUCGUCUUUAUUGACUCUUAGUUGUCUCUGCUUUACAAGAUGCUGGUGGCAAUGGGAUUUCCUUCCAAAACAACCUUGAUUUACAUUUGGGUUGCCAUACCUGCUGACUGAGUUAUUUUACAUUGGUAUGCCUGUGGUGUGGACGGAUGGGCACUUAGUCAGUGUACGGUCGCGUGAUUACCAAAUUUUCUUGGAUGGGUAGAUUUACUUAGCAAUGGUGCUGUGCUCGCCCACGUGUGGGGCUCCACUAUUAGGUUUUCUGCGUUGAGCGCACAAGGUUCUUCCCAAAUCUACUUCUUCAAUACUCUUUAAUGCAAUUCGAUUACUGUUCGUCUGUCAGGGACGGACAUAUACAAAACCCAGUCUAUGGACCACCCCUUUGGACCUAGUCCAUGGACCACCCCUGUGGACCACCUCUUAUUUUUGAAGAUGAAUUUUUCCUUUGGUGUAAAGAAAUAAUUUAGGAUUAAACCUUAAAUGGAAGAAAUUAUGUCAAUUUAUGAUUGUUAUCAGGAUUAAAGGAUUUUAGUAUCUAUUUUUGUACAUAUUAUUUUACAAUUGUAAGUAACUAUACUACUUUACAAUUGUAAGUGGCUUCAAGGCUGCUGCCUAAUGGGUGCCCAGUCACCAGAGGCACCUACAAUUUACCCUCAGGCGACCAAAAUUUCAAACAGGGAGCCUGGAGGGGUGCCUAAAACUUGAUUCUCAGGCUAAAUUUUGAUGAACAAACAACAAAAUUGUGAUAGGUCAAAAGGGAGACUUAGGUUUCGAGAAGUGUGAAUCAAGUUUCGAGGAUCUGGUCGAGGCUGUGAACUUAAGAUACAUAUAUGUGCAUGCAUUAGCACUCUUUACACUGCAGCUGGGGUGACAGGGAAUCUCAAAUUACCUUGAUGUUUAAGUGUCAUGGUGGGACAUAACAUGCACUACAGGGUGAGGUUUUUUCCCCUUCGCCACUUUAGAAGCAAGAAGAGAGCUGGAGCUGGAGCUGGAGCUGAAAUGCAUCCAACAAUUGUUUCUUGUAUUAUUAUGGGGGGCACCCCGCUCUAUUGGCCAAUUUUUUCCCUUUCCCUAGUAACAGUCCCAGUGGUCUUUAACUCAUCCCAGUUUCCCUCUUGUGUCUAAAUUGGGGAAUAUUAACUAGACGAUAAUGAUCUUAUACAGUGGAACCUCGAUUUAACAAACCUCUAAGUAACGAAGGCCUCAAUGUAAUGAGCAAUUUUUUUUACCCCAAUAAUGGUAAAAUAUGUGAAAAAGAACCUUGAUAUAACGAAACCUCGUUAUAACGAACAAAUUUUUGUCAGUCCCUUGGUCCUUCGUUAAAUCAAGGUUCCAUUGUACAUAUCAUAGUAAGUCUGUGGGCUUGGUACCUUUUCUGGUGGGACAGCCAGUUCAUGCAACUACCACUCUCUGCGGAAUCAGAUCUAAGUUCAGCUAGCAUUUCUAAACAAUUAUUAUAUGUGUAAAACCAUGUUGUCCUUCAUUUUACCAUUUCAGUUUUUUUAUGUUUGUCUUGAUGUAAGCAAGGGUCCUUACCUACACAGACGUGCCAAAGCAUGGGUCUCACUAAAAUUGAGUGCUCAACAAUAUUAAUUUUAUUUUGUAACAUUUUGUAUGUAAUUAUUCAUCAGCCCACAGUCCUGCAGAAAUACAGGAACAGUACUGACCCAGAAAGUAAGAAACAAGUCUAUUAAUUUAUAUAUUGUAUUUUAUUUAAUGGGUUAUUCCAGAAAAAAUCCAAACCCCCACGACCGAAGGCAUGGUUUUUUGACCCCCCUAUCCACCUGGAUUUCCAAAACUGCUUGAGGCCCCCUCCCCUCAGGAUUUCCAAGUUCAAAGACCCCCCCCCCCUUCCCCACCCAUCUGGAUUUCUAUAAAAUUGUUAGACACUGUGAUUUUACUUUACACUCAAUGUAGAAGAAUCCUUUUAGGCACUUAGAUGAUCUUUUUAUUAAAUAAGUUUCAAUUUUUCCAUGAACUCUGUGUUUGUUGGGAAUGUUAAGAUUCCAUUUUCACAUCUUCGAUUCUACAAACGUAACGAGGGCAAACCUAUGGAUCGUCUGUAGUUUGAAAGAAUAAUAAAAUUUGAAAAGGCAAAGGAAUUAUUUGAAAACUUAUCGAUUGAAGCAGUUGAAACAUUGAUGAAAUUGAAAGUUACCCCCAAGGAUGUAUUUUUAGGUUCAGAGCCCCCCUCUCCUCUGGAUUUCCACAGCCGUUAACUCCCCCCCCCCCUCUUGUGAGAUUUUCCAGCAUGCCUUCUGUCAUGGGGGUGUGGAUUUUUUCUGGAAUAACCCAAUUUACCUGUGCCAGCUGUUGACAGGGCAACUACAACAGUGCCAAUAACAGUCCCCUUCUCUCAUGAAAAGUGAAUUACACAGUCAAGGUCAACAUCCUCUACCUUUAUUCAUAAAGCAGUGCGAGUUUUUCUAAGUCCCACCUGAAUUGCACAAAGAGUGAAGGGAGGUCUUCAGUGGUAAUGGCUGAAUGUCACCACUUGAGGGCAGUACUGUACAGACCCAACUUGGUAGUCUGGCAGUGUUAGCUAUUUCUUCCAUAAUUUUUAACUUUUACAAAAUGGCUCGCAAUUUACAGACUAUUUUAUUGUUACUGUUCGUACCAUGAAUGCUCAAAUAAUAGUGCCCAGGGCGCUUAUUUAAUGUUCUAUGGUGAGAGGGGCUGCUCAUUCGCAUUAAUUUUGUUUAUCAAUUUUUGGCCUCAAAAUGGCACUAUCGUUAUUUCUUGUUAACCCAAACUGUAACAUAUAAAAAUUCAAAAACAUUGUAGAAAAUUACCUGUUGUGAAACUUGAAACGUUCGCAAGAUGUUUUCCUGUUGCCCGUCAGAAAUGGAUUGUACCUCUUCCAAUUAUAGAACAGUUCUAACAAUGCAUUUGGUAUCAUGAAAUGUUUUGUAUAAAAGGGCAAACCUCUGGUUAAUGUUCUAGUAUGAAUGUCACAUUCAUUUAAAGUACAGUAUACGUCUUGUAUAUAUCGUACCGAGUACAGAACCUCCUUUUUUCUCUGGGGUGGGGGGGUAUUUGAUGAGGGGUGCAGUGCUUAUUCUUAUAGUUGUAGAGAUAAAUAAUCUGUAAAUAUACAUGUUACAAUAAGGUUAUGAUAUAUUACUUUUCAGGAAGGAUAAAUGGAUAUGUAAGGUAGGUUUGAUGUUAUGACAUUACUAUAUAAUAAUAAUAAUAAUAAUUUAAACAUAUUUAUGCAGGAUUGCUGCUUCAGUUUUAAAAAAAACUGCUAUCAAUGCAGGUCCUGUAAAAAAUUAAAAAUGAAAAAAUAAAAAUAAAAAAGAUUUAAAAUAUAGAUAAAAAUCAAAUCACAAUAUUACAAAAUAGUCACACCAAACGAAAGAUCGAACAGUUAUAAAUUCUAAGAAUUAUUAAAAAUUAUUAAAAAUUUUCGCACCUUUGUAGAUAUGACAUGUGUUGAGGCCUCAAAUGUAAUAAGUGACCCUAAAUGUAAUAAAGGUCCUAAUUGUAUUAACUUUUGGCCCCAAAUGUAAUAAAGGUCCUAAAUGUAAUAACUUUUGGCCCUAAAUGUAAUAACGGGUCCUAAGUGUAAUUCUUUCAGCUCUUAUUAUGCUUAUGGUCAUAAGAAGAUUUCAUAGUGUUGGCUUUCAGCCUUGUUACAGGUUAACUGAGCGCAUGAAUGUGUGUAGGGAAGAAUCACUAAAUACACCAGGCAGAUCCCCUAUAUAGCCAUUUGAGUAACAACUUAUUAUUAUUCAUGUGGUGAACUCCUGGAAAAAAAAGUUAGCAUAAAAAUUCACUUCAAGAAGUACUCCUGGUAGAAAUUAAAAUCAAAGUCAGGAAGUCCGAAAAACUAUCAAGAUAUACUGCCCUUAAUAUCUUGCUGUUUAUAUAUAACUUCGUGUUCACAGCAUUCUGUAUGGACCGACCGAUAUACUCUUUUGGAAAAUGAUAAAAAAAAACCAUUUCUUUUUUUGGCGCAACAUUAAAAAACCCCAUAGGCAAAAGUAGUUAAUUUACUACGACUGUUUCUAAUGCACAUUAAUACUUCCUUCAGAUCAAUUACUAAAUUACUACUGUAUUUUGAAAACUUUUGUGUAGAUUCCAGUUGUUUAUAACUCGCUUUUUACGAUGUAGGGAUCAUGUAGUAGGAAACACGAUCGAGACGUAGUUAAUUUAUAAGUGUUUCUCCUACUUCUUGAGCACUCUAGCCGCUUUUUAAGUUUAUGAAUAUCUAUGAAAACUACAUUAGGGCGAAGAAAGUGAAUCACCUGGGGAAUCGCCAGCUGGCUAUAAAAUUAAUAUCGCAUCAGACCGUCGCAUGUUUCAGUCAGCGACUUUAUCAAGUUUGGGGUUGUUAUACUACAUACAUGCAGUAUACUGUUAAGACUUCCAUUACAUUUAGGGCUAAAACCUAUUAUUAAAAACUGAAUCAUUGGAUAAUGCAAUUCUAGCAUUUUGAUUGGCUUAGCCGUUAUGGUAUAUGAGCUAUUAUACCAUGCUCUCCAUAUAUGGUCGGUGUACGCGUCAGUUUAAAAUUGGAAGCUAGCUGAGAUUUUUUUUCGCGAAGGAUAGAACGGCGCCUGAAGCAAAUCGUUUUAAUUCAUUUCUUGGAAUACUAGGAAAUGCAAUUUCAACGAAAAAAAAAAGACAAAAACAAACAAAAAAGCCACAAGAGCUUGUUUGAAAGUUUGUCGAAAAACACAUGAAAACACAUGGAACUAUUAAAAGUACCUUGACCAGCUACGAAAGAAGACAAGUGCUGUUUCUUCAUGAUCGCGAAGCCAUUCGCCCAUCGAGUCACUCGCCGAUAGAUAACUAUGGCUUGUUUAUUCGACAUCAAGAAUAUAAAUCACAAGUAACCAGCUACAAAUACAGGCUAUGCAGCCAUUCACUAGUCAGAGCAAUCGAGGGGGCAGUAUCUAGCUUCUUUUCUCGUUCAGCAAAACCAGCUCGUGGCUUCAAAUAACUUCAUAACAAGCGACCGAGGUAAUAGUUUUUCUCCGUUAUUCUUACUUUUAUAACUGCACCGAAAAUCCAACGUCACAGUAAUUUCGACGGCUGGCACUUAAAAAUUCUUUUCCUUCACAUUAUCUGCCAGGUUUUUUUAGCUGUUCUGCUGUGUAAAAUCCUAGAAUCCCGAUGAGUUUUUAAAAAACUAAUGUUCAUCGCUACAAUGUUUUGAUUUUUCAUUCAUGCAGUCCAGGCAGUCCGUUCGUGCGUUGACAGUUUUGAUAGACGUGUGACAUGUGAAUAGCGGAAGUCCCUUGUCUUUUCCGGUUUGUUCUAGUCGGGGAGAUUCAACGAGAUUUUGUGGGCGUUUUUAAUAAAACAAUUAUUCCACUCGCGCUUGUUGGAUAUGAGAUGAUUAUAGCCAACUCGGCGCAAUGCGCCUCGUUGGCUAUCUAUCAUCUCAUAUCCAACGCGCCCUCGUGGAAUAAUUGUUAAUUACACAUAUAAUAUAUAUAUUAUGAGACGCUUUAUUACAUUUAGGGCCAAAAGUUGUUACAUUUAGGACCUUUAUUACAUUUAGGGCCAAAAGUUAUAACACUUAGGACCUUUCUUACAUUUAGGGUCAUUUAUUACAUUUGAGGCCUCAACAACAUGUGUUACACGUAAGUUUCAUCUGUAGUUCAGGGCUGUGCUCUAGCCGAGCCCUGUGGUCCCUGGUACCUGACUUUUGCUCUCGGGUGACUAGAAAAUCUUGGUUUUUUCAUACAAAUCCAAGGCUGUGUUCUAAGGAAAAUUGAAGGGAGCCCAGUGUUCUGAAACUGUGAAAUCUAGGGCACCUAGAAAAUUAUUUGUAUGAAAAAGACUAAGAUUUUCUGGUCACCCAAGAGCAAAAGUUAGCGGCCAGGGACCACUGGGCUCUGCUAGAACACAGCCCUGCAAAUCAUAUUGGGCACCCUGGAUUUUACAGGUUCAGAGCACUGGGCUACCUUCAAUUUUUUCUCAGAGUGCUCACAGUCUUGUUGUUCAGUAAUGGUACAGAACAAACCAUCUAUGCUUAAUCCAGGAUUACAUCUUAAUGACUUCACUAAUAAUUGUGUUGUAUUGACCUUUUGAGACAUACGUUCACUCGGGAUGUAUAAUUUGUUUCUUGAACUUUGCGAAACAAAUAACAUUCAUAGAUAAAAUUACAGGUCUUGAUAGAAGAAUUCAGACCUCAAGUAAUGACAGUAAUGACAAACAAUCUUUUAGCUGAUUGGCACCUGAGGCUCAAGUUUGUGGAUGACAUGUCUGCCAUAGAAAUACUACCCGGGAAGUCUGCUCAAUUCGGCGGUAUCUGACAUUCACAAUUUUUCUAUGGAUCACAAGAUGAGACUAAAUCCUAUUAAAUACAAUGUAAGGAGAUGUUAAUUAACUUUACUCUGAGAUCACAAAAUUACAUCUUACACCUGAAAUUUUCAGACUUUUAACUGUGUUUUCACAAUUCUUGUGAACUUUGACAUUUAUUUUCUCGGACUGCCAUGAGAAAUUUUCUUUGGUGUUAUUACAGAGAUGUAAUUAUUACAUCUCUAGCAUUUGAAAAAUGUAAAAAAGAAUGCAAUAUUCUUUAAAUUAUUCUGGUACAAGGUUUUUGUCCACUGAAAAGUAAAAUUACUCAGUUUCAUGGUGGAUUCUGUCUUAAUUACAUCCAAAAUCACUAACGAAUAUGUUUGUUGUGUGCUGUUGUAGCUUGGGUAUCAUCUAUUCCAUGUUCACUGUUGCUAACUGGCUUGCACCAUCUUUUGUUGGUUUAUUUGGACCAAGAGUAUCCAUGAUAGUUGGUGGCAUCUGUUAUGCGUAAGACAUUUUUAAUUUAACUUCUGAAUUUGUAACAAUUAUUGAUAGGAUGAGUGGAUAAAAAUCCCUAUGAAGAGUCUUGUGAUCAAAUUAAUGUUACAUUCUUCCUUUGUUUCAUUCAAGAAAACAAUUAUUGAAAGUUUAAGAAUCUUAGAGUUACAGUAUUUACAAGUCAUAAGGGGCUUUUUCACUAGGCACCUAUUCCAUUAUAGUGGUACCUUUAGAAUAACUAUUAAAUAACUAUUAAUAUUAAUUAUUAAGGAAACAAUUUUUAAACUAUAUAUAUUAUUAUAUAUAUUAUGUUGUUUGGCAAAAUAAUAUCUAUUGUAUAGUUUAAAGCAAAUCUUGUUAAAUUAAUGUAUUCAACUCGUUCACUGCUGAACUGCCCAUAACCACCUGUGCCUUGCAUUGUAUCUGACAUUAGCAGUUUUAAUUGUCAUGGGUCAGUGGAAAGAAAUCUUUCAAACCAUACCUAAAUAAAUUACAAUCUAUCAAACAGGUUAGAGAAAGUGCUUGACUUACAGUGUUUUUGAGCAGUUUUCAUUCUUUUUGGUAACCAGAAAAUGGCUUUACUAUUAUAGCAGUGUCAAAAGUUAAUUUCUGGACAAAAAAUUCUCAGCGUGAAUGGAAUAAUAAUGUAUAAAAGAGCUCUGAAAAAGCAAGUGAAUAAACAAAAUAAGUAAACAACCGAAAUUACAUGUAAAUAUGGUAAACAAGUAGGAAGCUUCUUCAAGCUUUGGACAUUAUUUAUUUUUUCACAGUUGCGUGAGUACACUGUAUAGUCUCUCAGGUUGCAGUGCAAUAAGUAUGUGUAAUCAAAUGGUGACGAGUGAAAGUAGGGAAUAAUUUCACGUGUGUUUUGUCCCAAUCUUAAUUAUUAGCUGAGCCGUUAACAACCGUGUAUAAAUAUUAUGGGUGAAGAAUUACGUUCUCAAUCAUGGAUUUUUGACAGGUUUAUUCCAGUUUUAUCUAAUCGAUGUAGAACUCCAUGUUCUCCAUCAGUUUAGAGCUUACACUUUGGCUUAAGUUCAAAAUUUUCAGAAUAUUGCAACAAAAUACUUGUAAGAAUCCUUGAUGUGCUCUUUUGUGCAUUAAGGUUUUCUAAAGCUUCUAAUUUAAUGUCCUGACAUUUUCAGUCAUAAACUUUUAAAACUUUGUUGCCAUCUUGGUACUGAGAUGUGCACAAAGUUGUCAUCAUGGCAAUAAAUUUUGUAAUUUCACUUCUGAAAUCAUAAAUUAAUUGCUGAAAUUUUGUGCCAAAAUUAGGGAGUAAUUCCUCACCCUUGAUGUUAAAGAGGAAAACUGUUAAUGUUAAAAUUGUAAUUAGUAUUAAUAAUUAUCCAUGAAGUUGUGAUUUUUAAACAAUCACUCAUGUUAAUGUAAUAUUAUUGUAUUUUUAUCCUAUACAGUUUGUUUAUUGCAAGCCUCAUUGAACCAAGGGCCUGGAGUUUGUAUCUUGGGUCCAUUAUUAUUGGAUAUGGAGCAAGCGGUAGGUCAAUUGAGUUAUAAACUAAGUAGAUUCAAGGCUGUGCUCUGAGUAAAAUUGAAGAGAGGCCAGUGCAGCAAACCUGUAAAAUCUAGGGUGCUCAGUUUAUGACUUACAUGAAAAAAGAUUUUCCUCUGGCCCGAGAGCAAAAGUUGGCCGCCAGGGGCCACCGUUCUCCUGCUAGCACACAGCCCUGCAGAAUAAAAAUGUAAUGAUUUUAACGUAUGGUUCACAAUCAAGUCACAAGUGGAAUGUUAUGAAACAUUAUUUUGUUAUUAUUUUAUUUUUAGUAAUAUGGACUGGUCAAGGAAAUUUUUUGACUAUAAAUUCAACUCCUGACACAAUUUCCAGAAACAGUGGAAUAUUUUGGGCACUGCUACAGUGCAGGUAUGUGUGUAGUUUCUUACAGUAGCUGGGCCAACUUGGAAUUGAGGACUAAACAAAGGAAGUUACGAAUCAAUCUAAUUGUGGGUAAAAUCAAAAUUAACCUGAAAUCAAAUGUAAAUUGUAACGUAUAUACCAUAGUUAUGAUUAAUUUAGACUUUUAACAAAGCUUUAUGUUUUUGUUGUAGCUUGCUCUUUGGAAAUAUGUAUGUCUACUUUCAGUUUAAGGGUGAAGAAACAGCAAUAAGUAAGUAGGUGGAGUACUAAUAUUAUGAUUAUCAUUGAUCAUUCAAAAUAUUUUACUGUUUCUGAUUGGCACAAAGCCUCUGGCUAAUUCCUCAUAACCAACUGGCAUUGACCAAAUUUGCAAGUUGCGAGUAAUAUACCAUUGAUUCAAUGGAAUAUUGACUUGGAAACGAGGUUGGUCAGAUUAUUGACUUUGAAAGGAGGUUGCUUGGGCGAUAGACCAGCGAUCAACUUUGUUUCCAGGUGCAGCAGCUUAACUGUUUAUUCGUGAGUGAGCUAAAGAAAAUGUUGUUCACGUGGCUAUCCAAAAACGAAAUACGUGUAGCUGAAUUUCUGACUGAAACUGAAUGGAAGGAAAGCAAGAAUAUGCAAAACGUAUCGCUCAGUAGAUGCUAUCCACUUUUUGAGGAGUAUCUGCAAAAAAAUACCUGUGUUUAUAUUUUGAAACUGUGCCAAAGGCCAAAGUUUAGAAGAAAGUCUACCAGCAGGUAAGCUUAUUAAGAACUUAAAAAUAUUUUGGAUGAAUAAUAAACAAUUGUUGAAUUCGGCUUUCGUAUGAUGUGAAGAAUUAUGCUGAUCUCGGAUGAUGUUAUCCGCCUGGGCCUUCAGCCUUGGUGAAUAACAUCCCCUUCGAUCUGCAUAAUUCUUCACAUCCUACUCAGCCUCAUUCGAUAAUAAUUGCUUAAUGUAACAAGGUCUUUUAAUGGGCAAGAGCAACAAGUGACAAAACUGGUGUCACUACACUAGUAAGUGAAUCAAUUUCAGUGCUGAACUAUGACAGCAACAAUAAAUAUAUACACUGGAAUAACAGAAUGCAAUGGGAAAAAAUAUAGCGGACAAAAAACAAGCAAAUCAUCCAGUUGGCCAUGGCAAUUAAGUAUUAGUAUGACAGUUGCACUGUUGUGUUAACCUACAUGUUUAUCUAUUAAGGUAAAGAACGUUGACCAUUUUGUCAUUUUUUACAAGGUGACAGUGUGAGAAGAACAGUAUAUACAGUAUUCACCACUGUGUGUGGCCUAGGAAUAUGCCUUUUAUUCCUCCUGCGUAAGCCAAGAGAUAUGGUGAGUGUAACAUGUCUGCUGUGGUGACCUGUUUGAUUUAAUCAUCCAUAACCAGCGAUUACACCAUGCCAACAAGGAAUUGUAUUAUAUGGCUGGAAAAUUUAAGACUUGUUUCACUAUGCAUGUACAAUGCACCUACCCGUACCUAAUUUUUUCCAGGGUUUUUGGCAUUUUUGUGGAAACGUUUACUUUGGGGGAAAAAAAAUGAAAAAAGUGCUCUUUAUUUGAGACGGGACCGCAAUUUUACUUGGUCAUCCGAGCCACGUGAAGGUCUAGCCAUUUGCAGGACAAAGGCAGUACCUUCAUUUCUCAGUCAUUUUUAAGACCCUGAGUAUUGGUCCGGCCCCAGCAAUCAAACCCAUAACCUCCCGCUCUUUAGUCAGUGCUCUACCGACUGAGCUAAUCCUGCUGCGGUUAAAGACAUAGCACUUGUACAAGCUCCACAAAAUAAAGGAGGAACAGAAGUGAAAGAAAAAAAUUGAAAAGUCCUUUGUGCCACCCUCAGAACUUAGCAAGUGAGCAUUGCUGGGUUAACAUGUAGACUAAGAUUACAAGCUUACUUUUAACUUGUUUUCACAGAUACCAGUAAGCAGGGAUGAACAAGACAGGGAACUGAGUCAAAAUAUCAGGUAAAUACGAAACUGGAAAUUAAUGUUCCUCUUGUAGUGACAAAUGGCUUUACCUGUUAAUAUUAUCAUAGACUGCACGUUUUGCACAGAUAAUUUUGUUUUCCUGCCUAUAGGGAUGAACAAGACAUGGACCUGAUCAGUCAAAAUAUCAGGUGAACAAUUGUAUAACGAAUUGUUCAGCCAUAGAACCUCUGUACAUGCCAGGUGUUAUUACAGGGUUGGUUGACCCGAUGCAGGUCAGGCAGCCACUCUUCGGGGGAUUGAUUUAAACUUGACACUAGCGUAUGACAAGAAAAAUAACUGUACAUAUCUUUUAUUUUUAAGUGCAAGACACUUUAUACCAUUUUAACACCACAAACGACUUCUGUGGUAAUCGAUUGUUUGCAACGCUCAGCUUCUUUUGUGAACACAAUAAUCUAGAAACUAUGCUUCAAUGCCAUGCACAAUAUGUUGCCCUUUGAUCUCUAGAAUCUUCUCUACUUAAAAGUAGCCAUACUUUACACUUUAUGGUAGCUGGUAUUAGCUAAAUGCCAAAAGGACAAUUAUAAUAUCUUGAUAAACACGUAUACAUGUAUGUGUAUAUUAUGUGCCAUUUAUAUGUCAAAUAUUUUUCUUUAAAAAAACACAGACUGAAGAUAUGUGAUAUUCAAGGACAAAAUGUUAAAGCUCCAUCCCUGGCAUGGACACUGUCUCCCAUGCAGGGAACUCACAGUAACGAUAAAUGUCCAACAAAAGCCAAUGUUGCUUUUUAUUGAGUGAGCAAUAAACUGCCACCAGACAAAUAACAACCUAUUUACCGAUAGCCUGAAAACGUAAAUUUGUGGUCUUUGAUACAUAAAUUACAGUGCAACUGUAUGUUGGCAUUUACGGUAACACAGCUAUAUUAUGUAACUGUUAUUUACUUGUUUGUUUGAUUUUAUUCACAUCAGAAGGUCAAACAGUGUUAACUCCGCAAGAAGAACAGCCUUAGAAUCAUUAAGUAAGUGAAUCAUUUCUCCGGGGACACAGAAAUUGGCACAUAAUAAUUUGUACUCUAAUACUACAGACAAAGGAAUCAUAAUGAUUGGCAGUUUCAAAUAAUUUUUACUUAGUAAACUUGUAUGCUUUUUUUUCUACAGAAAUUGCAGUCAAAUUAUUUUUCACAAAGGACAUGUUGUUGCUUAGCUUGUGUUUUGCAUAUACAGGUGUGUACAUUCAAUUAUUUGAAUAAUCUCAGUGAUCUGACUCAAGCACUCAGAUGUUGGUGCAUUAUCAUCAUUGUUCAGCGGCUGCAUAGGCAGUCCCAGUCUUGAGCAAGCUCUGCAAUUUGUUUGGGUUGAAGGAUGUUAUGUAAAAAUCCUUCAUGAGCAGCAGUUGUUAGAUGUAUUAUUUAAGGAUAGACAUUGCUUUGUUGAUGGCCUUUGGUCUUUAUUGGCCAUGACUUCUUCAAUGUUAUUUUUUAUGCAUGUUGAUAGAGCAUAGAAUAAUAAUAGUAAUAUUAUGAUAAUGAUAAUAAUAAUGAUAAUAAUAAUUUUAAUAAUUAUUAUAUUAUAGCACUAUUUACAUGAAAAUAAGCAAUAGCACUUUACAAUAAUUCCUUUAGUGAAAAAUCUUAUCUAAAAUGAUAAAAAUAUACAAAGUAAAAUGUAAAAUACAAUUGAAUAAAAAAAUAAUUAAUUAAUUAUUUAAUAAAAAAUAAAAUUAGUCUAACCUGCCCGAAAAAGGUGAGUCUUUGCAUUUAAAAAAGAUUUAAUGACUGAAUAUUGUACAAUUCGGCGGGCAAACUAUUCCACAGACAUGGUUCUGCAGCAGCAGCAUGAAAGGAUCUGGCACUGAGCAUAGAAAGCAAUUUUUCUCUUAAAGCAGCUCCAGUAAAAGACUUUUGUUUGAUCUAAGAUUGUAAGAGGACUUCGGCCUGACACUAACUAAAUCACUAAUAUGACUAAUAUUAACUAAUAACUAAUAUUAUUAUGGGUGAAUGAUACAUGUGGGUAAGCAUUAUUUUCUUCUGCUGUUUUAAAGUUAGGGUGUUGGCCAGUUGUGCAACUGGUGAACCUUAUUUGAAAUUCUCCUUAACGCAACCACUUGUCUUUCCGUUUGGUGUGAUGGGCUAAAUACAACCUGUAAUCUGUAAUUGUAUUUUUUGUACUGUAGGUUUUGAACUAACCUUUUUCAGUGGUGUGUAUGGUACAUGUGUAGGUAAGUUAUAAAAGUUUACAUUCUACUAGUGAGGGGUUUUGCUCACUUUACUGUCAGAUGUUGUAACUUUUUUAUUCCACUUUUAUCUCACUGCAAGAAAACUGGAAAUGAAAUAGGUACAUGGCGAUCUUAGCAUUGUUGCUCUUACCAGGCCGCAGUCUUGUUGGGUUUCUGCUUAAAAGUAUACACAGGGCAGUAAAGCCAAGUGGAUGCAUCCCCAAGUGAUGGUGCCUGAUAGGCUUGGAAGUUUUUUUUAGCAGACAAGCAAGGAAACAUUUUGGCAUAACUAAAAGCAGUUCAUACACAUAAAAUUAUAUUGUUUUUAAUAAGCAACAUUGACCUUUGAUGGUCGUGCAUAAUGUGGUGUAGUGGCAUGUGACUACUUUCUUCAACCACAAAACAUUUUUCAACCUUGAGUAGUAACCUCAGACCAUUAUUAUGGAGUAUAGGGCCGUGACAUGGUUGUCGUGGUAAACCACCACCUAUUUGUUCCCCUUUUUUUCUCUUUUUGCCCUUAUUUUUUCAGAAGAAGGGGCCAUGGGGCUACCCAAAUAAAAUUCUUUGUGUAAAGAACACUGCAGCAUAAUGUUGGGAAUUGGCUGAGAUUUUAUAAUCAACCAUCAGAAAUAAUCGAGUUGACCCAGCUGAUCGCUCAUCAAGUAUAAUCAGAAAGUCUGAUAUCCUUAUUAGAAUUCCAUUUUCUUUCACCUGUGUGCAAUUCAAAGUAAUACAUAUAAACUUCAGAUGUUUCGACUCAAUGCCACUUUCAAAUUACAUGUAAAAACAGGCCUCAUUGUGCCAUGAUUUCGAACACAACAAAAAGAAAACGAUCAUCAGUGGAUUAUAGCUGCAUUAUGAGUUUUUUUUUAAGAAAACAUGAAGUUUUGAUAUUCACAGUCAUUGACAUUUGUAUUGUGUUAUCUAAUUUAGGCAACACACUUCACUUUCACAAUUCCAAGCGUCUGAUUGGACUUGUAGGAAUGCUUAUUGGUUGUGGUGAGAUAACUGGUUAGUGAAAGGAGUAUGUAGUUUAUUGAUUCCAUUUUCUGAUUGUUACCAUUACAUUACAACGAACUUUCCCCUCUAUGACCUCCCUUCCACAACAUUGGAUAACGUCAGUGUUGCAUCCUGCCUCAUUGAGAAAACAUCGAACGUUUGGGUUUCCUUUUAUGAUCCUAAUGUACAUAACCUUCCGACAUACAAAACUCCGUUCAGUUUCUAGGCUCAGGGUGGCACCUGAGAAUUCAAAGGAAAAUUUUUGAAACUGAAAAUAAAUGUAGAAAGCACCAUUAUAAUAAUUAUCUGUUUCCCACUACAACACCCCUACUUUAAAGCUCUGUGAACUAGAUAAUACAUCUCGGAGCUGGAAAAGCAGGACACUAACAAAGAUGUAAGUUGCUGUCUUGAAGACUUGAAGCCUGAAUAGGAAACCAGAAAUAAGAGACAAAUACCUAUUAAACUGUAACAAGCUACAUGUCUCUAAAUUUCCGUCCACAUGACAACAGACAGAAUACUGUGGAAGGACCAAAUUCUAAAUUUUACUGUAUUUUUUCAGUAAUCAUGCAGCAUAACCAAUGGAGUCAAAUAGUGAUUGUUUUUGGGUAGAACUGCUUAAUUAUUAGAAAUAUUAUGACUGCUAGGAUGAUUGAUUUUUCUUGCCAAAUUUUCUUAACAGGAGGGUUAGUGUUUGGCAUAUUUGGCAAGAGAAGUAAUAAGUUUGGUAGAGAGCCUAUUGUACUUUUUGGGAUGCUUGUUCACUGGAUCUGCUUCCUCUUGAUCUUUCUUAAUCUUCCCGACAUAUCCCCCAUACAAGCAGUUGGAACUACAGCUGAUUACAAUGUAUUUUCUAAACCCAGGUAAGAAAAGUACUUUGGCAUCAACAUGUUUAUUUUCAUCCUAUUUUGAGGAUGGGAUUUACUGGUAUUUGAAGGCUGCACGUAUGAAUUAAGAAACCUCUUAUUUGCUUUCCUGCGAGCAGAGGUUUCUUUUGAUCUUGGUUUCCACAAUUGCAAAAUCGUUCACAUCAUUGGGAUUCGCGUAGAAGGCUCGUUUACUUCUCCUAGAAGGGACGAGGAAUUAGCGGGGGAGGCAAGCCAACUACACCAUGCCAGUGACCGCAAUGCAAACGACUUUGUAAGAGCUGAAAACCAUGCCGGCAAGAAACCCUACUGGACAGGGUGCUGAUUUGCCAGUGACAAUGAAAGCACUCUAUGUUGCUUCAGUCUUUUUCUUUGUUUUAUUAAAAAACGAUAAUGUCAGUGAUACAUGUUUAAGUAAGAGAUGUUAGUUUAAUAUGAAGUUCUACGUCGUUGUUUUGAUCAAAGCAAAUGCCAACAGCUCCCCAAUUAAAAUAUCAGCUGUAUUAUUUGCACUGCAAUUGUUGAAAAUGUUAGUGGAAGCCUUUUUCUCUCUGCUAACAUCUCUGAUUUUAUAUAAUUGCAGCUUACCGGUGGCAAUUCUUUGUGGUUUCCUGUUAGGACUUGGUGAUAGCAGUUUUAAUACACAGGUAUUGCGAUAAUAACAAUUCAUUUUCAGAGAUUGUUCCCUUCAUAGACCCCUAAGCAGUACUUACCAAACCCUUCCAACUUUUUACAUGGGCCAGUUAGAGAAAAUCUAUCGACACCAGCGGAAAGAGCUCCUUAGAAUUAGUAAAAUUACCACAUUUGAAAGUGGUAUCUUAAGCGAGCGAAGAUAUAGGUCCGCAAAGUUGUGGAAAUUUACAGUCGUUUGUUUUUAUUUUAUUUUAUAUUAUUUUAUUAGAUUCGCCAAUUAUUGGUAGGGUCACGGCAACAGCAUGACGCCAAUUACUGCGGGCCCGUAACAGUCCCUCCCCCCAUGAGAGAUAGACCACCACACCGGGGAGUACGUCCCCUACUCUUUACGAAGUGUGUGGGUUUUUUAACGUCCCACAGAAUUUAUAUAUGCAAGGGUUGUGAGACGGGGCCUACGGUUUAUCGUCCUUAUCCGAGAAGACUAGAAAGUCUAAACGUUUGCAGAUGUCUUUACAAAGGCGGUAAUUUCUCCUCAGUUAUUUAAAGACCCUGAGUGUUGGUUCGGCCGGGACUUGAACCAGCGGCCUCCCGCUCGGCAGACCGGCGCUUAUCCAACUGAGCUAACCGGGCGGCCCCCCCAUCAUACAAACGUCUGUAAAAUUUCGCGAUUUUGAGGAGCUAUGUCUUGGUUAGUUUUCAACAAAUCACUUUCAAACCUGGCAAUUUUUACUUAUUUUAGAGCGCUCUUUCCACUGGUGCCGACGGAUUUUCCCAAAGUUGCCCGCGUUUAAAGUUGAAAAAAACCUUGUUAUUUCGUGAAUAGAAGCCUGGGAAAAAGAUAUUCCAUCAUAAACAACUACCACAAUAUCUAAUAUAGAACAAUGUUAUGAACUAUUAGCAUCAUAUUUUCCGAGAUAGAUCUUGGGGAAGGAGAGCAGCAAAGUAUUAAAAUUUUGUGAGAGUAAAAAGUUAUUAACAUAUUCAAACUGGAACUGCCGUAAUCACUCAUGAUUGAUAUCCCUUGUACUGCUUGUGAUUAUCAUCAGUUUCAACGGUCAUAGACAACUAUGUGUGGAAUAAAAGCAACACAAAAUACCAUAAAAUUAGUAUAGGUAAUAGCAUGAUUAGUAGUGAUAUUUGGCAUAAAUACCACGAGUGAUAUUUCAAAAUUGUUAUACGUAAUUUCACAAGCCGGUAGACUAAUUAAAUUUGCGACAAUUUUGAAAAAUCACGAGUGGUAUUUAUGCCAAAUAUCACGUACAAAGUAUGCUAUUAUUUGUUUAUACUACUAUCCGCAAAAGGUUUGUAAUUUUCACAUGUAGGUAUUUCUAAUUAAGCUGAAAUACCACUGCUCUAAGCCAAUUUCUCAUGUAGUGGUAUAAACCCGAGAAUUCUAAUGAAACUCUUGUUGCACUACCCACCUGCACUUUCUUUGGUUUUGCCAACAUCUUUCCUCUUGCUGAAGUGAAGCUUAACCCUUUAAACCCUAAGAUGCAAAUUUGAAUUCUCAUUUGUCGCCCCAAUUCAUUUCCUACAGAAGUAGUGGGGAGAAGUGGUUAAAAUAUCAAACAAAUUCAUCUUGUGUGAUAAUGUCUGUAAUUCUCAUGACCACUCUGUUUAACAAAGCAUUGAUAUUACAAGGAGAAAUUUGAUGCUGAUCACUCUUAGGGCUUAAAGGGUUAACAAAAAUGCCUAGCAAAAGACAAAGCAGGGCUAAGAAAGUGACAGAAGCACAGAGAAGAGAAAGCGGAGGGUAAAAGGUUAGGGGAAGUGCCAAUAUUCAUCUCAAUUUUGCUUUCUGUGCAUACCCGAACUUUUCAAGGAGAUAUUCAUUAUUAGGAAUUAUUAUUAGGAUUAUCAGGAACAGAAGGCAGCACAAUGGAGAUCUUAAAACUAAAAAACAGUAUUUUUGGAAGUUUCUGGGUUUUUUUUGACCAGAUAAAGACACGAAACAGCCGUAAAAGCUAGUUUCAAAGGCGUUUUGUCAAAAAAUUAUUUUUAUGAGCAAAUGGAUGAAGAUUUAUAGGGGUUAUAGUCGAAUAAUAAUUAUGUUGUAGUUCAAUUUUAUCCGUGCUCUGAAUAAUUAUAUUUUUCUUCGUUCAAAGUCAUCAUUACACGUGUUAAGUUACUUAAGCCGUAAUAAUAAUAAUUUAAUAUUUAUAUUGCGCAAAAUACAUGUAAAUAUGAUCAAAUGCGCAUAGGAAAUUAAAUUAGUAAUAGCCAAGGCUAAAGCUCAACCACAAUACACGCAACUCUAAUUCUACUGUUCAAUUUAAAACUAAGUUAAACCGUCAUAUUUUAUUUGUGAGAUCAUAAUUAUUAUUUUUUUCAGAUUUGAAAAACGUUUUUUGUGCCUUAUGUUCUCGUUUUUGUCAGAUUUACUCCAUUUUAGGGUCUCUCUAUGAAGAUGAUAGUGCACCGGCAUUUGCUUUGUUUAAAUUUGUUCAGGUUUGUUAAACUAGUUAACUUAUAUGUCACCAAUCUGUUGCAAAGUUUUUCAGAAAAAUUUUUUCUUGGUCAGAUUUAUCAGGUUUUUAAAGUAUUCUACAAAUUGAUCAGGGUCUAGAACUGAAAAUCGUUGGGUGGUGCAAUAUGUUUAUGCUUUGAGACUGUACCACAAAAUUAAAAGGUCAAGUCCACAAAAUAUCACACCUUCAUUUAGAUUCCACGUCAUAAGAGCAUAGGACUGUUGCUUCAAAACCCUAGUUUGGAUGCUAGUGCAGCAAUCAGAGGGUUCUCUACCAAUGUUACAUUUUUGAUUUAUUUGGCAAAUGCAAAACUGUUUAAAAUUUGAACAAGGAAAUGAUACAGUGGCACAAUAUCUACUUUUCAAACUCAGACAUCUGGUUUGAAGUACAAGUUGUGUAUAUUAUACUACUGUUAAUACUCUGUGUAUUUUUUACAGUCCCUUACAGCAGCGAUUGGAUUCUUCUACAGUCUAGACCUUCAUCUCAAGUGGCAGCUUCUUAUUCUGGUGAGCAUUGAAACGUUAAAGAAGGGUGAUCUAAGGUUUUCAGAAAGUUUAGGGACAGAAAAUCAAACUAUCAGUUUUUGAAUUGGAAACCCUUCAAGCCCCAUUCUACAUUUCUCGUGACUUAAAAAGCCCCGUUCAUAUGAAGUAAUUUAUUUGCGUUUUUAGGUACCGUUUAAGGUAGCUGUGACGUGUGUAGGCUUGGCACUGUCUGUUAUCCAAUAUGGAGUAGAUAAUUGACCACUCCAUAAAAUACAAUCAUAACAUACCAUAAUGCUCUUUGUUUUUCACCACAAAAUUUUGCAUAAGCAUUGUCUUCAGUUUCUCUUGGGAGUUAAAAUGGCCCCAAGAGAAACUGAAAACAAUGCUUAUGCAAAAUUUGGGGGUGUCAAACAAAGAGCAUUAUGGUAUGUUAUGGUAUUUCUGGAGUGGUCAAUUAAAGGAGAGCAACAAAACCUGUCAUUGUCAGACUUGUAGUGCUGUCAAGGAAAUGAUACUUUAACGUUUCUCAUCCCCCCUUUCCCUCCACGCCCUUCCUCUUCAAUCCAAGGCAAGGGUGGAUUUCCUUAUGUAGGUGGGGUCUGUACACACCAGUGUCUUCUCCACAAAUGAAUUCUGAUCCUGUUUUGUCUUUCUUAACAGAUAAUUUCUUCAUUUAGUGGAACACUUGGUUUCUUUUUGGUGGAAUGGAAAGCAAGGAGAAUAGCUAAUUCAGGAUAUGGUCCCCUUAAUUAA